UUCAAUUUUUCGCAGAAGAUAGAGAAGACUUCACGGUCUGCCAUGGAAGGGUCAGGUUUGGUGGAGGCCAUGUUUCUGCCUCGCUAUGAGGUCAACCCGGACAACAAGAACGGCAUCAUGGCCAUCGAAAACAACCAGGCCCUGGUCCAGCACACCAGCUUUGCCUCCAUGUUGGGGAGGGUCAUAGGGCUGCUGCAGUACGUGGGGCUCAUCGGCAACAUCAUGGUCCUGUUCUUCUGUAUCCAGCGGGUCGCCCCCAGUAUGGGCCGGGCCGGGAUCAUCAACUUGGCCGUGGCAGACGUCUUGCAGUCAGCGGUCAACAUAGCGGUGCUAAUGCGCACUUCUCUGGUGCCCAACCCGGAGGAAAGUGAGCCCCUGUUCCACGCGCAGAAUUUCGGGUGCGACUUUCUGGCGUGGUUCCGUCUCUACACAGGGUCUUCUAGUAACCACUUCUCUACGGCUAUGGCUGUCAUACAGACUAUCGCCAUUGUCAAGGUGUCCAAAGGGGGUCAUCCUCGCCCCGCUAACUGGAAGGGCAUCACUUUCGGACUGGUGUGGCUGAUCAAUCUGGCAAUCACCCUCCCUCCGCUGGUGAAACUGUGGGGAGCCUUCACGUAUUUCCAGGACAUCGGCCACUGCUAUAUCAGCUUCGAUGCAGACGAUUCUAAAACUCAGCUAGAUUGGGGGUACAUUAUUUUCUUCAUGUUGACACAGUACAUUUGUCCAAUCGCUGUGCUCGUCGCCUGUUACGUCACAACCUUCUGCACCAUCUACUGUAACAGCCACAUGCGGACCCUCUCGCGCAAGCGCAGUGGGGUGGAGGAGGAGGAGGAGAACCAGGAUAGGUCCAUCAUGAUCAAGACCUUCUUCGCGCUGACGCUGUUCCAUUACACCAUGUACCUCCCCCUGGAGAUAAUCAGGAUCGGCGUGUUCUUCACCGAUGUGGGCGUGGCUAAUGACGUGCUGUACAUCACGACUCUCUUCUCGUACUUAUCGAACUGUAAGGCACCCAUGGUGUUACCCAUUGUCAGGAGGUACGAGUACCCCUCGUCCCUGACCGGUGGUUCGGUCCGCCAUCACAGCGUGGAGGUGUACGUCACGCCGGGCACAUCACGUGACGCUGAUGACGAGGCGUCGGUGGGAGCGGGUUCCCACACCAGUCCCGACCCGUCCCCGGCCCGCUCUAUGCCGAACGGCCGCGCCUCGCCUGUAGGGCCCACUUUCGUCAGGGAAGGGCGGCCGCCGAGUGCCCUGACGAACGGGGGGCCCGCCAUGACGCCGAUCCCGCGGGUCAACGCCAGAAAGAACCCGCUGCCCGAUUUGUGAUGUGUCCUUAUGUCCCUGUCACAUAACAAGAAAAAUCAAUGCAGUUUCUGAAGCAACUGGAUAUUAUUUCCA